GACCUGUUGCAACAGUGGGUUUACCAGGCUUUGGCUCCUCAUGAAGCUGAAAGAGGAUUUGUCUUUCUUAUUUUUGUCUUUAUUUUCUUGUUGACGUGGCUGUUAGAUCUAUGCACACCAUGACCAAAAAAAAUUUAAAAAAUCAAAUAAAAAACUCCACACCAAACCCAAACUCCACAUAAAAAUUAUAUAUUAAAAUAUCUGUGCCAUAAAAAAACAAAACAAAAUGAAACUUCAAACUAAGAUUCCCUGCAUACUUUGUGUUAUGUUAGGGAGAGAGGAGCCAAUCAAUUUUGGAAUGUACUACCUGGGCUUUUUUUCAGGGAAAUAGAUGGGAUACAAACUCCAGCUGGGAUUUUCUGAUGCUGUGUUUCAACACCCCAUUCAGCUCCAGUUUGCUGAAUCAGAAAUCCACCAGCAAUGAGCAAAGUAAAGCAGGCAGGGACUACCCAGCAAAAUGCUCAUUAAAAUUAUUUAACUAUCAUCUGUGGGACAUGAGCUAAAAGUGUGAUAUUGCAGCAUACAAAAUUUCCUCAGUAUAAAUGGUGGUGAUGUAAGAUUUUUAACCCUAGGAUUAACGUUGCAGGCUUUGGGUGUGUGAGAAUGAAAGAGAUGCUCUCAGGGUAGUUUUAAAUCCCCUUUUAUUAAUUUACUUCUCCUUUUUAUUGCUCCCACCAACUCUUAAAUGAAAAAAUCCCUUGAGUAAGAAGGUGAGACGUGCUGACAGCCAGUGAGGUGAGAGAAAACUCUGCCAAUGUGACCAUCCACCCAACAGUCCUGAAUUCUGUGGUCUCUGGAAUGAGGUGAAAUCCAGUAGUGCCUAAGAAUGUGGUAGAAAAAGUACUGGCUCAAAUAAGAUUAUUUCAAAGGAGUGUUUGACUGAAUAUGGAUCUGGAGAAAACCACUGUGAUUUUCUUCACUCCCUAAGGAGAGAUGGCUGAGUUUCUAAUUGAUUGAUAUUUGGACAGCUAAGGAGAAGAAGGAGGAGGAAGACCCCAAAAGAAGGGAUGGGUUGUGAUGAAAUGUGGAUCCAGCCACUCCAGGUGAAACAAGGCAGUUAGGAUAAUGUGAUUUCCAGCUGGGUUUAGUAUGAGCCUGUUAGUGCAGAGAAUGCAAAGGAAGUGCUUCUCAGGAGGUGCAGUGAAAGACACACAAGUUAAGUCCAAAUGUUACAGAAGAAGCUUCUCAGGAAGGAUGCUUUUGUGGCAUUCCACGUUGACAAGGUGCUGGUGAGCAAGUACUUGAAGCCACUGCAGAUUGGGGAGCUGGCACCAGACCAACCCAGCAUUGAGCCAGCUAAAAAUGAAAUGUUGGUGAAAGACUUCCGGGAAUUGCGUGCUACAGUCGAGAGAAUGGGACUCCUGGAGCCAAACCAACUCUUCUUCUUCCUGCUCCUGGUUCACAUCCUGCUCCUGGAUACAGCUGCCUGGCUCAUCCUCUUCUACUUUGGGACAUCCUUACUGCCCUUCAUUUUCUCCCUGCUGCUGCUGACCAUUUCCCAGGUCCAGGCUUCCUGGUUACAGCAUGAUUUAGGACACCUCUCAGUAUUCAGGAAAACCAAGUGGAACCACUUGCUACACAAGUUUGUGAUGUGCCAUUUGAUUGGGGCCUCUGCCAAGUGGUGGACUCUCCUGCACUCCCAGCACCACGCCAAACCCAACUGCUUCCACAAGGACCCCGACAUUGAUAUGCACCCUUUCCUCUUCACUUUGGGGAAGAAAUUCUCUGUGGAGCUUGGGAUCAAAAAGAAAAAAUACAUGCCCUACAAUCACCAACACAAGUACUUCUUCAUCACUCUUCCUCCGCUCCUGUUCCCCACCUACUUCCACUUUCACACAUUCUACAUUGCCUACACAAAGAAGUACUGGGCGGACUUGGCCUGGAUGCUGACCUUCUACAUCAGAUUCUUUUAUACUUAUGGAUCAUUAUUAGAAACAAAGAGUCUCCUGGCAUAUUAUUUUAUAUUCAGGAUGCUGGAGAGCAGCUGGUUUGUCUGGGUCUCACAGAUGAACCACAUCCCAAUGGAUAUCGACUAUGACAAGAAUUUGGACUGGAUGUCUACUCAGCUCCUGGCAACAUGCAACGUGGAGCAGUCGCUGUUCAAUGACUGGUUCACAGGGCACCUCAACUUCCAGAUUGAGCAUCACCUUUUCCCUACAAUGCCACGGCACAACUACUGCAAGGUGGCCCCUCUGGUGAAGUCCCUGUGUGCCAAGCAUGGCAUUGAGUACCAGUGCAAGCCUCUGCUCACAGCCUUCGCAGACAUCGUGCACUCCCUGAAGACCUCGGGAGAGCUCUGGCACGAUGCCUACCUGCACAAAUGAAGGGCAAGGCUUGGUGCUACCAUUCACAGCCUGCCACCGCUGCAUCCCUAGCAAGCUGAGGGGAGAGAACACAAGGGACUCUCUGGCAGAAGAAAGUGAGUAAGGACUGAGGGAUAAAAUUCCAAUAGAGAUGAAACUGCCUGAAUUUUUCUUCCGGUUUUUCUUGGGGUUAUGGUUCAGAUAUGUUAAGAGUGGGCAGGGCAAGCAGAAGAAGAAUUGUUAGUAGAGGGAGGAGCUCUUUCUCAGCCUGGGCACGGGCUCAAGUCAGAUCAUGGACUGGUGGAGUUGCACACACUUCAUGUCAGAAGCCUCUGAUCAUGGGUUUUGGUUUUUUUGUUUGUUUUCCUUAUGUGGAGGGUUUAAUGCUUGACACAGCAUUUGUUUACUUGAAUUUGAAACUGCAAAGGAUUUUGGAUUAACGUGGUGCUUCCAGCAAUGUGCUUAAACUACAAUAAAUCAGGGUAAACUACAAGCAACACAGACUGUAGCAAGUGCACAUGCAGUGAAUAAAAAUAUAAAUAUGUUUUCAUUA